AUGCCAGUCGACAUCGAAGAUCAGGAACCUAGCAUUGUCAUCAAUGGUGACAGCUUAGGCAACGACAUACCCGAGGAGAAUGAAGAGUUAGAAUUGCCAGAGUUCGAAGAAGAGGUGAAGCCAAAGAAGAGCGUUGCUUUCAGCGGGCUUGAUGACUUCGAAUCUGAAGAAGAAAAGAGAAAACGUGAGUUUGAAGAGGGUGGUGGUCUUCCCGAACAGCCACUGAACCCAGAUGCUUCGAAAUUGAACCCCCUCUCUCCGGAGAUCAUCAACAGACAGGCCACUAUCAACAUCGGAACGAUCGGUCAUGUGGCUCACGGCAAAUCGACUGUGGUCAGAGCCAUUUCCGGGGUGCAAACUGUUCGUUUCAAAGAUGAACUAGAACGUAACAUUACAAUUAAGCUGGGUUAUGCUAAUGCCAAGAUUUACAAGUGCCAAGAUCCGACCUGUCCGGAGCCUGACUGUUACAGAUCUUUCAAGUCCGACAAAGAAGUGUCACCAAAGUGUGAACGUCCAGGGUGUGGUGGUCGCUACAAGCUAGUCCGUCACGUGUCUUUCGUAGACUGUCCGGGCCACGACAUUCUUAUGAGUACCAUGUUGUCAGGUGCUGCCGUGAUGGACGCGGCGCUACUUCUGAUCGCCGGUAAUGAAUCAUGUCCUCAACCCCAGACUUCCGAGCACUUGGCUGCCAUCGAAAUUAUGAAAUUGAAGCACGUUAUUAUUCUACAAAAUAAGGUUGAUUUGAUGCGUGAAGAGACGGCAGUUGAACAUGAGAAAUCCAUUCUGAAAUUUAUCAGAGGUACAAUAGCAGACGGCGCCCCAGUUGUACCUAUCUCUGCUCAGCUGAAGUACAACAUUGACGCCGUGAACGAGUUUAUUGUUAAAAGCAUUCCAGUGCCACCAAGAGAUUUUAUGGCGUCUCCUCGUCUGAUUGUCAUUCGUUCGUUUGACGUUAACAAACCGGGUGCUGAGAUCGAGGAUUUGAAGGGUGGCGUCGCAGGUGGGUCCAUUUUGAACGGUGUUUUCAAGUUAGGUGACGAAAUUGAAAUUAGACCCGGUAUUGUGACUAAAGAUGAACAAGGCAAGAUUCAAUGUAAGCCAAUCUUCUCCAACAUUGUUUCUUUGUUUGCCGAACACAACGAUUUAAAGUUUGCUGUUCCGGGUGGUCUGAUCGGUGUAGGGACAAAAGUAGACCCAACUUUAUGCAGAGCUGACCGUUUGGUUGGUCAAGUGGUUGGUGCCAAGAGUCAUCUACCAAGCAUUUACACUGACAUCGAAAUUAACUAUUUCUUGUUACGUCGUUUGCUUGGUGUUAAGACCGAUGGCCAGAAGCAAGCUAAGGUGAGAAACCUAGAACUAAACGAAGUUUUGAUGGUUAACAUAGGUUCUACAGCCACAGGUGCUCGUGUAGUUGCCGUUAAGGCCGAUAUGGCGAGACUUCAACUAACUUCUCCAGCUUGUACCGAAGUUAAUGAGAAGAUUGCAUUGUCAAGACGUAUCGAAAAGCAUUGGCGUCUAAUCGGUUGGGCUACUAUCAAAAAGGGUACGACGCUAGAACCCAUUGCUUAA